GCAAAAAGUUAUGCUAACGGGGUUUGCAACGGGUUUUAUGUAGGAAGACGUUCUUUACAUUUAUUUGCAACUUUUCAUCCCAUAACAAGAAAAUCAAAGGGUUUUGGUUUUCAGUAGCUUGAAAUUAACCUGAAUUAUCGCAAUUCUUAACUGUCAUUCAUUCCAGGCGUCGCAUAUUUUCAUGUGUAAACAUUGGGCUGUAACAACCUAUUAAAGCAACAUAUGGUUGAAAAGGGUGAUGGUGAAGUAAUGUUGUAUUCAUAUGUACAAUACACCUGUUAAAGAGGCCUGGGAUUUAGAAUUUAGAUCCGCCUAAUAAAGAUUAUGAUGUGAUGUGGCACUAUUAUACGUUAAUCGUGGAAUACUCGUUAAAAUAAAAGUAGAGCAGAUUUAAAGUGUGUUUUAAGCAUAUAAAAUCUAAUAUAAAUCGUUUGUGAAUUAUAACAAAACUUGGGCAGCUAAUAAAUAAGUGCAUACAAGUUGUGCUUGACCGGAAUUGAGUAAUACCGGUAGAAAUAAAUUUAUAUGUAAGAUGCAAAAGUAAUUGGUCUAAACUGAUAAGUACAACAGCACACAUCAACACAUAAAAUGUUGUAUAUCCGAAUUUUGGAGAAGAUCCUGAAUGAACGUGACACUAAAAAAACGCAAUAUGCUCAAUUGAUUCGCGUUUGCGAGUCCACAAUUCAGGAAAUUCGAUCCUCAGCAAUACAGGAGAAAUUUGGGCCUCAGCAACAAGUGCCUUUGAAGGACUUUGAAGGAGUGAGUGGUGGUGACGAUGGAGAAAACAACAACGUGGUGCUGGGUGAAAGCAAUAAGUCGUUGCUGCUCCCGGAUGACAAAAGUAGCUUCCAAGUCGACUCUGAAAAGUACUUCCUCCCACUGGAAAUGGCGACCAAGGGGGAUUCUCCCAAAGUCACUAUCCUUGCAUUGGAUGGUAUCCAGAAACUACUGGCUCAUGGUCACCUUACAGGAAAUUAUCCAAGCGCAGCCAAUCCGAAUAAGAGGCUAAUUGACUUUAUUGUUGAAACAAUUUGCUCAUGUUUUACCGGAGUCGAAACAGAUGAAGGGGUAGAAUUGCAAAUCAUUAAGGCGCUAUUAACUGUAGUGACGUCACAACACGUACAAAUUCAUGAGGGAUCAGUUUUAUUAACACUUAGAACGUGCUUCAAUAUUUAUUUGUUAACCAAAAAUCAAAUCAACCAAACUACAAGCCGAGCAAUGUUAACACAAAUGCUGCAAUCCAUUUUCACCCGGAUGGAAAUCGCAUAUGACGGCAUUUCCGAAUGCCCGUCACAAAUUGAUGGGGACGUGACGCCAGAGAAAUUGGAAGAGAUUACAGGUUCAGUAGAAAACUGGGAUCAGGAAAGUGUUACUUGGUUCAAUCAAAUGGACUUGUCUUCUUUAUUCUACAAUGCUAACCAAGCUCUACUUUCUACAUACACGGAAGAAGGGUUGGAUAAUCCAACGAAACAUUCUAUGGAGUCAUUGGAAGGGCGAACAAUAAGCAUUUCUGGCGAAAAUGACAAUGAAGAACACAUUCCUCUCAAUCAAAAUGAAGAGCCCGUAAAUUUUGAUAGUUCUCAUCAAAACAUAAUUCAGACUGAUCAGAAGCAAAAAAAUUCUUGCUCAAACUGCCACAGUAUUUUGCAGAAAGAUGCAUUUCUAGUAUUAUGGGCUGUCUGUAAAUUGGCAGCAAAGCCAAAUGUAUCAGAAGAUUUGGAUUUAGAUACUAGAAAACAAUUAGAAUAUAAGUCCACAAUCCUGUCAUUUCAACUUAUCAAAUCCGUGCUCAACAAUUGUGGAACAGUAUUUCAAAGCAGCCCAAUGUUGUGUACCGCAGUCAAGCAAUAUUUGUGUACAACACUGAGGACGACCGGAGUGUCCAUAAACCAAGAAAUUUUUAAGCUCAAAUUGGAUUUGUUAAUCAUUUUAAUUGAUAAAUUUCAAAAUAAUUUGUCAAAGGAAAUUGAGAAAUUGAUGGAAGAAGUAUUGUUUCCUGUUAUGGAAAAACCUGCGACAUUUUCCAACGAAUACAUACUCCUAACACUUGGGACAGUAAACCGAAUUUUCAACAAUUUCACAUCACUCGUGGAUUUGUUAGCAGGAGAAGAAAGUGGAGUUUUUGAACGAAUGAUUAGUUACACGUGCAAAUUAACUAAUUCUGAAAAUUACUCGGGUGAUCCUGGUCCAUUGACAGCUUUGCCCAUUAGGAUGCUGGCCUUGGAGUCGAUAACAUUGCUUCUUAGCAAAAUGUCCUUGUCCCUAGAAAAGAAAACUGAAAACUUUUCACCUCAAGUUGAAGAAGGAGGACCCGUGGUGCAAAUUGAAGAAACGGAUACUAGUACAUUUCAUAAUUUGGAAAACCAAUUUGAAAAUACGACACACUCAUUUAUUUCUGCUCUAUUCACUUUGCUGGAAACAAUCCCCGAUACUAUUGGUUUAGACAUCAUGAUUCAAAAAACUGCACAACGGUUAUUUGAAAAAGGAAAUUUUGGUGGCAAUUUGGAAAGUGCAGAUGCCAUUUAUGCCUUGAUGUAUUCAUCCAUUUGUCUCAUUGGCGAAUUGUCUUCCCAACAGGGUAGAAGAAGGGCGAAUAAAGAAUGGUUCGUUAAACUGAAUCAACCUGGUUGGUGUCGGACUCUGCUGUCAUCUGAAUUCUUGGAGUCAGUAUUUGACGAAAUUGAUGCGCACCUUAAGCAGCAAGUCAAGCACCGGAAACAACAAAAUAUUUGUGUGCAAUCGCAAUCACUCAACGUGAUGCAUAGCGCAAAAAAAAUUAUCACAAAUAUGGGAUUACAUCAAUCGUCAUUUUUUUAUGAAAAGCAAGUUCGAUCGGUCAAAAAAAUGUUCAAGAUCAUGGGAAAAUCUGUGCUCAACGCGUUACUGGGAACACUUAUUAUUUACGACGAUACUGCUGUCACCGAUAUUUGUCUCGAUGGACUUCAAAAAGCAAUUCACAUAUCGGCCGUUUUGAGUUUGAAAAAUGAGAGGGAUGCAUUUGUUCAAGCUUUGUCCCGUCUGAAUUUAGCAGCUCUGAAGGAGAUUAAGAAUAAAACUGCGAAUGCAUUGGUGGUUAAGAGCAAGACGUCGAGUACCACCACGACGGAGAACGGGGUCACAAAAACGACGAUUACGACAACCACAGAGACCAAAUGUCGCAACGUUGAUAUCAUUCUGACGCUCUUGAACGUGGCUAUUAACGAAGGCAAUUAUCUCACAACUAGUUGGUUGGAUACCCUCAAAUGCGUUUCUCAGCUGGAGGCUUCAGAACUGAUGCGACGAAACAGUUCUAGAACCCCGAGUCCGACCACUGAAACGGAUAACGACACAAGCAAAAGUUGGUACACUUGGGCUGGAUCGUUGGUUCCAACUUUGUGGGACAAUUCAAGCAAAUUGGACAUCGCAAGUGUAAAACAGUCAAUAGACACAAGUGUAACUCGAAUAUUCCUAAAUUCUACAAAGUUGGAUGAAAAUGGAAUUGUAGAAUUUUUCAAAGCUCUAUGCCAAGUGUCCCUCAUCGAAAUUACUCAUCCAGAGAAUCCACGAUCAUUUGUGUAUGAAAAGAUUUUUGAGGUAGCUCAUAUCAAUAUGCAUAGAUCAUCGCAACAAUGGUGUAGCAUAUGGCAAGUUUUAAGUGACUACUUUAGUCAUUUGGCCUGCUCGUCGGAUGAAGACGUCUCAUUUUUUGCGAUUGACUCGAUAACAAAGUUAGUUGUACACUUGUUAGCAAAGGAAGCACUUGGAAACUUUCGAUUUCAGGAUCACUUUCUUAGACCAUAUGAAACUGUGAUGCAGAACACACCGUUCGUAUCCACACGGGAGCACGUGAUUGGAGCUAUUGCAAAAAUUGUGAGAACUCACGCUUCACAAUUAAGGUCUGGUUGGAGUCCAAUAUUCCGCAUUUUACAAUCUAGCGUUUUCCAUGAUUCAUUGGAUACCGCUGAAAUGUCCUUUUCCAUGUUAAAAGAUGUUAUAAACAUGUUCACUGGAGCUGAAUUGAGUUUACAAAGUUCUUACCAUGUACUUUUGAGGUGCCUGGCUGACCUUGGGUUUAAGGGCCAAACGCAAAAUGUUCAAACCGAGUCACUAAAAUUAAUGAAAAAAAUUGCUAGUCUAGUCUACAGCAGACCUGAGUUAUUUCUUACACCGGAAUCACCAAGCAUUAACCCAUCGGCUUUGUGGACUUUUGGAUGGCUUCCCAUCUUCAAUGAAUUAUCAAGUGUUGUAAUUGAUGCUGAGAAAUGUGAUUUUACAGAUGCUAAUCAAGCCACUGCUUUGACGAUCAUAUUUGAGCUCGUGAAGGAAUAUGGAGAAUCAUUUCAUACAGAAUGGUGGCAGUCUUUGUUUGGACUUUUAUUCUCCAUAUUUAACAAACUGAAAUUUAACGGAGAGGAUUCAGUCUUGGCUGAUGCAACUCCUAAACCAUCCAAAGGAUACAACCAACUUUAUUGUUAUUAUUACGUACAGUUUGCUAUAAUCGACACUUUCAUUCGUCAAUAUGAUAUUUUGGGCGAUGUAUUGAUGGGCACGCUCCUCAACGAGUUGGAAUGGUGCAUUCGACAACAAGGUCAUGAUCAAAUUGCACUUGCUGGGGUCCAGUGUCUACACCAAUUAAUACGAAUGCUGCAUAACAAAAUGCAUAUGUCAGAGUGGACUUUAAUUUCAAACCUGAUUCAGAGUCUACUGCAAACGCUUUACCCUUUGCAGAACAAAGUGCAUAACGACCGCAUAUGGAACCCAGUAGUUCAGCUCGAAUUAUUGAAAGUUGUUAAAACCAUCCUUAUCCCCCCAUCAGAUGAAGAACUACAGGAAACUGUAAACGGCAGAAAUGAGACUACUGAUGGUAAACGCGAUCACAGUAAUUCAAUUAAAGAUAUCCGCACAUUGAUAGGGGAUCGCAAUCUUUUCUGUCUGUUGGAUGCAAUUGAAACUAAAAUUUCACUAAUUGUGACUUCCCAUAAGGAAAUGAAAAAGCCCUUACUACACGUACCGUUUGACCUCCAAUUACAAGAAACCCUGCUCAUGGACACGUAUCUUCGUUUUCUUGUCCAAAUGUAUUUUCACCAGUCGUGGUCGAAUGAUGAGAUUGGCAAAAUUGAGAAUCGGUUCACAACUGGAGUUGCAAAAGUUCUCGAAUGCUUCGUUACUAUACAACCAAUCACGCCAAAUCAUUUGCAUGAUCUCACGGACAUCAUGACCGUUUGCAUUCAAAAUCUGCAUCAUAAAGUUCCUCAAGAGAAGUUUCUCUCGUUCGCCACCAUUUUGUACCCCAACUUUUGUGACCUUUUGGACUUGGAGCUUGAACCAGAGUUCAGUACUGCUCUAGCAAAGUAUUUCUUAGCUGUAAUAAGACUUAAAAUUGGAGACAAGUAUCUCAUCAACCAGUUAUAAUUACAGUUUUUGGACUUAUGUGAUUUAAAUGAAUUAGAAAAAAAUACAUGAAAUUUAAUUUAAUCUAUAUUUAUGUAUUUAUUAAUUUAAAAAGGUUUAUAUUUUGGGUAUUGCAGAAUUGAAUGGCAAUAAAAUCGAAUCUAUAUAAUGAAA